UCCAAACGCAAAACGGCUAGUGAAGCGACAUGUCGGGCUUGCGGAGCAUGGAGACGACGCAUACGAGCACGGUGGUGCUGCGCUGCAAGGCCGUCGUUGUGGGCGACGCAGGUGUCGGCAAGACAGCGCUGCUUCAAACGCUCAAGUCGAGCGGCCACGAGUACCCAAAGAACUACACCAUGACGUCGUCGCCCGAGCUCGUUGUCAAGUCGAUUCCGAUGCCCGAGACGAAUGCGAUUGUCGAGCUCUACUUGCUCGACUGUCCGGGCCAGAGCAUCUUCAACCAGCGCGAGUUUGGCUCGAUGCAUUUUGAGGGCGCGUGCAUGAUCGUGCUUGUCUUUGACGUCAACAGCAAAGAGUCGUUCAAGUCGUGCAUGAAAUGGUACCAGGAUGUCGCAAACCCGGCGCCCAACCACCAGAUUUCUGGCGUUCUUAUUGGCAACAAGGUGGACGAGAAGGAAGGCAACCGCGACGCCAUCUUGGUCAAGGAAGCCGAAGACUUUGCCGAGCAACACAACCUCAAGUACUUCGAGUGCUCGGCGCGCCUCGGCACCAAUAUUGACGCGCCUUUUGUGCAUAUGGCCUCGGCCUUUAAGAAAAAGUACGACGACCUCGCCGAGCGCGCUGAAAACAACUAGACCACGCUCUCUAGUCACUUGCACUUACGACUGAAAUCUCAUUCAUAUUCCAAUGAGCUGUUAUUGGCUUGCACA